UAUCAAGAUCAAUCUCAUGUACUCAUUCCAUGUUUUCAACAUAAUUUGAAAUGUUUUACAUGCCAUAUUCAUAUUCAUAUAAGAUACAGUCAAGUCAAAUUAUACAUUCUGAUUCUUAUGAUGAAUUUGUGUGUACUUCAAAUUUCUCAGCUCCAAAGCUUAUUUCGCCCGGAAAAGUGAAAGAUUCUCCCAUAAAUUCUUUUUCGCCAAACAAAAGUCAAAUCAAUGAAUGAUGAAGAAAUAGACUAUGCGUUUCACCCUUACCUCUAGUAAUCCACCGGACUGAAUUAUCGCGUGUCAUACCCGUCCGGUCGCCUGUAGUGUGUGUUCACAUUUCCCAAUCGGAGAGAAACUUCACCUGGAAAGUCGUCUAACAGAGCUUUUUCAGAUUCAAUGAGCAAGCGAUGAUGGUGAACCUUGUCGCUCGAUUCUGCCUGCUGUUAUUUUCUAUACACUUUUGCUCUCUUCUCCACUGCUCGAUCGCCAGCCGUACCUCCAUUGCCUCCGGCAGCUCAGAUUUCUUAAAUCUGAAUAUUACAUCUGGGUCAAGCAGACGUUUAUUUGCAGCAGAACACUUCCAAAAACUUGAAGAAUUAUCUCGAGGAUACAUGACAAACGCCGAACUUGAAAAUGCAAUAAUGGCGUUUAAUCGUAGGUGUAGCAGCAUUUCAAGAGUAUACAGCAUUGGAAAGAGUGUACAAGGACUUCCACUGUGGGUGAUGGAAAUUUCAGACAAACCAGGAAAGCAAGAGGCUGAACCUGCUUUUAAGUUUAUUGGAAACGUGCAUGGGGAUGAACCAGUAGGGCGUGAGCUUCUAAUGCUUCUUGCUAAUUGGAUUUGUGAUAAUUACAUGAAGGAUCCCUUGGCUACCUUGAUUGUGGACAAUGUUCAUCUUCAUAUUCUACCAUCUAUGAAUCCUGACGGGUUUGAGAUGAGGAAACGUGUAAAUGCAAACAAUAUCGAUCUGAAUCGUGAUUUUCCAGAUCAGUUCUUUCCCAUGAAUGAUGAUCUCGGAUCACGUCAACCAGAAACAAAAGCUAUUAUGAGUUGGAUGGAAGAAGUACAUUUCACCGCAUCUGCCAGUCUGCAUGGGGGUGCACUUGUUGCAAAUUUUCCAUGGGAUGGAACUCAAGAUAAACAGAAAUAUUACUUUGCUUGCCCUGAUGAUGAAACUUUCAGAUAUAUGGCAAAUUUAUAUAGUCAUUAUCACCACAACAUGUCUUUAAGCCAGGAGUUUCCAGAAGGAAUUACAAACGGUGCACAUUGGUACCCUAUAUAUGGUGGCAUGCAAGAUUGGAGUUACAUACAUGCCGGUUGUUUCGAGUUGACAUUAGAGAUCAGUGAUGAUAAAUGGCCUAAUGCAACAGAACUUCCCACCAUUUGGGAAUACAACAAAAUGAGUAUGUUGCACCUUGUUGCAAGUGUAGUAGAGUCUGGAAUUCAUGGAAGGAUCUAUUCUGCUGAUAGCGGAAGGCCGUUGUCUGCUUUAAUAGGCAUAAAGGGAAUAAAUUACACGAUAAAAGUCGGUAAAGCAUUUGCUGAUUACCACCGGUUAUUAGCUCCUGGCAAAAAUUAUGAAGUAGUCGUAACGAUGCCGGGAUACAAGUCAAAGAGGACACUCAUAGUUUUGAAGGAAGAAGCCAUGACUUUGGACUUUAUUCUUGAUCCAGUAAUCAUUGCUGAAGGCUUUUUGCACAAGAGAUGGGAUUAUAACUUCAUGCCAUGGUGGCAAUCAAACCUUUUUGUCAUUUUGAUUUUAAUAUUGGCUUUUCUCUGCAUCUUAUUGAAGAGUAGAGUAUUAAACCGCUCCAAACACAGACAAAACGGGGGGUCAAAAAGGCCUUCAUUAGUUUAAAGGAAUCUGAUUUACCCUUCCAAUAGAGGUUAUUUAACAUACAAUGUACCAAUGAAAUGAUUGAUGUAUUGUCUUCUACUCCGUAAUUAUUAAGUGAGUGCAAUGAUCAAGUAAUUUUUUCUUAUGGUUCCAUAAGAAAAAGUGGGGCAAGAAGUCCGCAACAAACAAAUUUUGUUUUAUUUUUCUUUUUUGAAGAACAAGCUUAAAAAAGAAAUGACUUGC